ACAUUUCAAACAAAGUGAAAGUGAAAUUAGAAGAAAUCCUGCAUCAGAGCAGCGGAUUUUCCUCCUCACUGAUCUCUCUUAUAACAACAUGGACGGGUCAAACAGAAGAAUUGUCAUCUUGGGAAAAACUGGAGUUGGAAAAAGCAGCCUGGCUAACACCAUAUUUGGAGAGGAACAGUUCGAGAUCGAUGAUUCUUUCAAUUCUGGAACAAGAAAAUGUCAAGCAGAGACCAGAUCUGUCAAUGGAAGAAGCAUCACUUUGAUCGACACUCCUGGUUUCUUUGACACUGAUAGAUCUGAGGAGGAGCUGAAGUCUGAGAUAGUGCGCUGUAUCGUAAAGUCCGCUCCUGGUCCUCAUGCUUUUCUCAUUUUGCUUAAAUUAGAGAAAGUCACAGAGCAUGAGCAGGCUGUCAUCAACAAAAUAAUCGAAUACUUUUCUGAAGAAGCUUUCAAAUAUGCAAUAGUUCUCUUUACUCAUGGUGACCAGCUCCGUAAAGGACAGAAAAUUGAGGAUCAUGUCCAGAAGAAUGAGUACAUGAGUGAGCUGGUGAAGAAGUGCGGAGGCCGUUGCCACGUCAUUGAUAAUAACUACUGGAACGAAAACCCAAAGGAUGAAUACAGGAGCAACCGGUUCCAGGUGGAGGAGCUACUUAACACAAUAGAAAAGAUAGUGAUGGAAAACAAUGGAAACUGCUACACCAAUGAGAUGCUACAAGCAGUGGAGGAACAAAUACAACAGGAGGAGAAGCAGAUUAGACUGGAAUCAGAAAACAUGUCAGAGGAAGAGAUCAGAAAGCUGGCUGAGAAUAAAACAGUCAGGGAGGUUUUGGCCAAAUAUGUAGGUAUUGGAACAGGUGCGUUGUUAGGAGCUUUUUUGGGUAUGCCACUGGGUGUAUUGGGAUUGGUUUCAGGAGCAGUGAUGGGAGGUGUUCGAGCAUAUCAAGUACACAGCAAAGAGGGCAGUAGUUUCUGUCAAGAAUAGAGCACAAUUAAGGUUAGAUGCUAUAAUGGGCAGUCCAAAGUCAAAACAGUGUUAAAACCUGUCAUGAACCGUGACUCCUGAACAAGGGGGAGAAACUUUAACCAUUGAGAUGAUUGUAUUUAUUCACAUGUAAUGCGCUUUUUGCAAUUGUGUAAGCUAACCAGAAAAUAUAACUUAAUGUAUGUACAGGCCUUCUUAUGCUGUAGCAAUAAUAGUUGUAAGUGUUGUAUGCAUCUCUGUGGGCAUGUGUCUAUGUAUAUGACUUACAGAUUCUCAUACCUGUAAAUACUGCUGCUCAGUAUCUCUAUGCUAUAGACUUACAUUUGUGUGUCUCUCUAGUUAUUUUGUUCCUUGUUUGUGAAACGAACAGAAUACUGGUAAUAAAUAAAUAAUUGGAAAAGAA